CUUCUUCUUUCUUCUUCUUCUUUCUCUCUCUCUUCUUCCUUCUUCUUUCUCUCUUUCUUCCUUACCAAUUUGAGGUUUCUCAACCUAGAUCUGAAAUGACGUAUCCUUCUGUCUGUUGAAAAAAUAAAUCCUUCUUCUCCCAAUCUCCAUUCCCACCAUCUCUGCAAUAGCAACGACACACCAAACCCUCAACGAUUUAUUGUUUCUAAUUCAGCGACAUAACAAUAUGUCCUGUCUUUCUCCAGCAGAGGUAGCUCGAACCCUUGUUGUGUCCAAAUACUGGGUAUUGAGCUCACAAAUCCACAGGCUCAUGCGCACCAGCUUGGCAGUGGAACUCAAAGUACUUAUUUCUCUGAGACGGGAACAUUUUCAAAGAUCAAGAGGACGUGAAUCUUAGAAGAUCUCGCUGCCACCAUACUUUCGUUAAUGAAACCUCAAGUAAUCUGAAUGCAUCGGUCUCGAAAGAUUCUUGUGAGUUUCUAAAAAGGCAUUAUGAUCAUUUGAUACAAGUGAAUGUUGGCAUUAGGACCAGUAUUUCUGCCCAGAUAAUUACAACAAUGAUGACUUUUCACUUCAUGCAAGCUACUACUAUUUGUAAUCUGUUCUUCUUUUGCAACUGGUAGAAUAUGGGAAUUGAGAAAUUUCGAAUUCUCCUUGUUUAGCUUGCUUUUGUAGACAGUUGGGGAAUUAACAUAUCAAGAAAACUGAGCCAUGUCAUUGUAUCUUGGACAACAAUCUCGGUACAAAAUAUCAAACUUCUUGGCUUCUCCAGGCUUUGCAUUUGUAGACAUUGUGUUAUGCUGUGAUUUCCACUUAUCAUGAUGCAGAAAGUUGAAGAUGCACUUCAGAAGGGUUCUGAUAUACUAAACCAAGGAAUGGCACUAGAAGAUGAUCCUGAGUGCCAGCUGAUUGUGGAUUGUAAUACAUUGUUGGUUGAAAAUGAGAACAAAAACAUCAUAAUCCACAAUUUUAUACGGGACAAGUAUAAACUGAAGUUUCCUGAGCUCAAGUCAUUGGUGCUUCAUCCAAUAGACUAUGCCCCCAUUGUAAAAAGGAUUGGCAAUGAGAUGGAUUUGACACUAGUUGAUCUUGAAGGACUUCUGCCGUUGGCCAUCGUUAUGGUUGUCUUGGUGACAGCAUCAACUACUAGUGGCAAGCUGCGUCCAGAGGAUAUUCUUCAAAAGACGUUUGAUGCAUCAAAAUCUAUGGGAACCGCUGGUGGUCUUUCAGCAUUAGCCAAGAUGACUGACCUCUGUAAUGUUCAGCUGCUUGGUGCAAAGAAAAAGAACUUCGCAGGGUUUUCAACCGCAACGUCACAAGUUCGUGUUGGUUACCUUGAAGAACGGACAGAGAUAUUUCAAUCUACGCCCCCUGCUUUAAAAAGUCAUGCUCGUAAAGUUUUGGCUGCAAAAUCUGUACUUGCAGCGAGGCUGGAUUCCUCGAGAGGGGAUCCAUUAGGGAAUGCUGGUAGGUGCUUAACGGAUAAGAUCCUUAAGGAAAUAGAGACACGGCAAGAGCCACCUCCUGCAAGCAACCUAAACCACUUCCUGUUCCGGAUUCUGAACCUAAGAAAAAGAGAGGUGGUCAUCAGUUAAGGGAGAUGAAGGAAAGGUAGUGAAGAUUUCCAAGUUCUAUUAUUUAUUUUGCUUUGGUGUAUCUGUUUUAUUUU